AUUGCCGAGGCGGCGGCGCCCCGCGCACGCGCUGUGUGGAGGCGGGCUCCUGUAAUGGCGGCGGCUGAGGCGGAGGUGGUUGGCCUGCGCUCUGGCAUGGCCGGGGCCGGCGUCGGGGCAAUGGCGGCAGGGCCUGCGAUGGACGAGGCGGAGGCUGCAGGCCCUGCGAUGGCCGAGGCGGGGGCCGCGGGGCCCGCGAUGGCCGAGGCGGGGGCCGCGGGCCCUGUGGUGGCCGAGGCGGUGCCGCCGCCGCCGCCGCCGCUGCCGGGGUUGCAGCUGGUGCGGCAGGGCGCCGAGGCCUGUGUUUACCGGGGCCUUUUCCUCGGGCGGGCGGCGGUGGCCAAGCUGCGCAUCCCGAAGCGGUACCGCCACCCGGCGCUGGAGGAGCGGCUGAGCCGGCGGCGCACGGCACAGGAGGCGCGGUCGCUGCUGCGGUGCCGGCGGGCAGGGAUUUCAGCUCCAGUGGUCUACUUUGUGGAUUAUGUUACCAACUCCAUAUACCUUGAAGAUAUUGUAGACUCAAUUACUGUUCAAGAUCAUAUUAAUUCUCUACAGCAGAGUGGAAAUGAUACCAGUAGCCUCCUUAUCUUAGCAGAGAAGAUGGGUGAGCUGUUAGCGAGAAUGCAUGAUGAAGAUCUUAUACACGGGGAUCUUACAACUUCCAAUAUACUUCUGCGACCACCCACGGAGAAGCUGGACUUGGUACUGAUAGACUUUGGACUCAGUUUUAUUUCGGGUCUUCCGGAGGAUAAAGGAGUUGAUUUGUAUGUUCUGGAGAAAGCUUUCCUCAGUACUCAUCCAGAUACUGAAGCUAUGUUUAAAACUCUGCUAAAGACCUAUGCAGCUACAUCUAAAAAAUCUGGUCCCGUGAUCAAAAGGCUGGAUGAAGUACGACUAAGGGGAAGGAAGAGAUCCAUGGUUGGGUAGAAGAGAGCAGGCUUAGGGACGGAGAAAUGUUGCUACUUAGUUUCUGCAAAUGUGGUUAUUUACACUUCUAGCUGGUUUUAUUUCAGAGUUGACUAUUUUGAUAACUGUGUCUACAAAUAAAUGAGUUUGAAUGA